AUGAGGGAUGCUGUGAGCUGCCGAUUUGUUGUUUUUGCCAUCCUCAUCGCGUUGGGGUGGCUGUGGAAGAACUACCAAUAUGUGCUGGCCUUCUACUUUGCCAUCCAGGAGAUCAACAAGGACCACCACCUGCUCCCGAACAAGACCCUGGGCUUCCAGUUGUACAACGCCAUUGCCAGCAACCAGUUCACCUUGUGGGGAGCCCUGCAUGGCCUGAGUGGAACGUUGACCGUGCGCCCCAACUACAGCUGCCAGACACAGCACAGCCCGGUCGCGAUCAUUGCAGGGACCACGUCAGCAUUUUCUGAGGAAACACAGAUGCUUCUGGAGCUCUACAGAACCCCACAGCUCACCUAUGGCCCUUCGGAUCCCGUGCUGAGUGACAGGUCCCGCUUCCCCUCCCUGUACCAGAUGGCCACCCGUGAUGGCGCUCUGGCCCAGGGUAUCCUCGCCCUGCUGCUGCAUUUUGGUUGGACAUGGGUGGCAUUGUUUGUGUCCGAUGACAUGAGAGGAGAGUGGUUCCUGCAGGAACUCGGUGGGGAGAUGGUCCUGAAAGGCGUCUGUGUGGCCUUGACCGUGAAGCUGCCUGCCACGGGAAGGAUGUAUGCCUCUUCUGAUGUCGCUUUCAUGAACAGGAUCCCAGCUUCGAAUGCAAGCGUGCACAUCCUCUACGGGGACGUAAGGGCCCUCGUGCAUGUAGACAUUUCCGGGGAAUUCUUUCUCACCGUAGGGAAGGUGUGGGUGAUGGUGUGCAAGCGAGACCUCGUGGUGUACGAGACAGCCCACCUGCUGCACUCUUUCCACGGGGGCUUCUCCUUUUCCCACCACCACGAGGAGAUCCCCGGCCUCCAGCCCUUCCUGGGCACAGUCAACCCCUCCCACUACCCAGAAGACUUCUAUUUCAGCAAACUCUGGCUUCACACAUUCCACUGCUCGCUGGAGGGCUCGCUGUGUGGAGAAAUUGGGGUCUGCCCGCCCCAUGCUUCCCUUGAGUUCCUGCCAGCUGACAUGGACAUGAGGACCUUAUCGGAUGCCAGCUACUCCAUCUACAAUGCUGUGCAUGUGGUGGCCCUCGCCCUCCACAAGCUGUUCCUGAGGGACGUGGAAAUGACAUCUUCAACAGCUGCAGACAGCCCUGUGCUGCUUCCCUGGCAGCUCCAUCCGUUUCUGAGGACACUCCAGUUUGUAAACAGCGCUGGCAGCCACAUAUCCCUGGAUGAAACCAGAAACCCUACAGUCCAAUAUGACAUCCACAAUGUUGUGAGCUUCCCGACCGGUCUUGGACUGCUGGUUAAAGUUGGAGAGUUUUCCUCCACGAAUUCAGAGGAGCCAGUCCUGUUCAUGUAUGAGGAAUGGAUAGAAUGGCCCGUUGCAUUCAUCGAGGCUUCCCAGUCUGUGUGCAGCCAGAGUUGCUCUCCAGGAUUCAUGAGAAUUGCACAGGAAGGAAGACCUGUCUGCUGCUUUAUCUGUGUCUUGUGCCAGGACGGAGGCGUUUCCAAUCAGACAGAUGCAGAGCAGUGCAUCCAGUGCGCAAAGCAUGAGUACCCAAACAGGGAGAGAACUCGUUGCCUCCCAAUGGUGACAUUCCUGGCCUUAGAGGAUUCCCUGGGGACAGUCCUGGUCUGCAUGGCUCUGGCCCUGUCCCUCAUCACAGCUGCUAUCCUUGGAGUCUUUGUGAAGCACCAGGACACACCCAUCGUCAAGGCCAAUAACUGCAACCUCAGCUACAUCCUGCUCAUCUCACUCCUCCUCUGCUUCCUCUGCUCCUUCCUCUUCAUUGGCCGUCCCAACACAGCCACCUGCCUCCUAAGACAAAUCACAUUUGCCCUGGUGUUCACAGUGGCUGUUUCUGCCGUGCUGGCCAAAACCAUCACUGUGGUUCUGGCCUUCAAGGCCAUGAAGCCUGGAAGGACCAUGAGGCGAUUGCUGGUGUCAGGAGCCCCAAAUGCUGUCAUUCCCAUCUGCUUCCUCAUCCAACUGACUCUCUGUGCCAUCUGGCUGGCAACAUCUCCUCCCUUUGUGGACACAGAUGCACACUCUGAGCAUGGACACAUCAUCCUCUUGUGCAACGAGGGCUCCAUCACUGCCUUCUACUGUGUGCUGGGCUUCCUGGGCUCGUUGGCCCUGGGCACCUUCACUGUGGCUUUCCUUGCCAGGCAGCUGCCUGACACGUUCAAUGAAGCCAAGUUCCUGACAUUCAGCAUGCUGGUGUUCUGCAGUGUGUGGGUGACCUUCCUGCCUGUGUACCAGAGCACCAAGGGGAAGGUGAUGGUGGCCGUGGAGGUCUUCUCCAUCUUGGCCUCUGGUGCUGGGCUCCUGGGCUGCAUCUUUGUCCCCAAGUGCUACAUCAUUCUCAUAAAGCCUGAAAUGAAUUCUUUGCAAGUUUUAAAGACUAAAAGCACGACCCACAUUCACCUGAACCCCCUCACCCCCAACUCAGUAACCUAA